AUUCACUAUAUCUGGUCUCCCUCAGUACACAGAACAUGGAACUGCAAUUAUUUUAGUAAAAAUAAACUACUAAAUACCUUUUCUCACCAGCAGUUAGAGCAGCCUUAGCACUGCUUACAGCUUAUUGGAGUUUUCAUUUUGCUCUAGGAGGAUGCAGAACCCCUGCCCUCUGUCUGGACAGUGCUGUUUGGGCCCUGUGCUGAUCACAUGCGCUCUCCCAAGAAAAAAAAAAGCCUCUCUAGAAAUACACCCCAAAUUGAGCAUAUGUAGAGUGAAUGCACACGAUAAGUCUUAUCAGGAGGUAAGAGGGGGACACUGGAAGAACGGGAGGAUCAGAGAAGCCAGGAUCAAACAGCCUUUUUACAAAAUGCAGAGGAUUAACCCCUUAGGUUCCACAGUGAUUACAACAAGCCUGCUUUACUGCAUAUAUAGCCUGAUUUUACUGUUGUGGGUUUAG